AAGACAGAAGCAUGUAAGGCGAGUGAAACAGGAGGGAGUAGGCUGUUCGCUCCUCUCUGCUCGUCCACCUUGGUCGUCGGCGAGAGAGCCUUCUUCGACGUCUUCUUGCACGACUUCUCUCCUUAUUUCUCCCUUCGCCCAAUCUUACUUUGCGGCUAGAGUAUUUUGUCUUGGUGCGUGGCAACGGGUACUGAGACGAUCGGGAGAGCUGAAUGACGCGUCGUGCAGCGUAAUUUUUGUCGCGUUACUAUUGCAUAGGAUGUCUAUCAUGUCGUCCUCGAAGAAAGCCGCGUGCAUCGCGUUCUGCCUCGCCCACCUUGCUUACGCUCUCCCUGGUCUGGGCAUCACCAAACGCGCGACGUCCCAGGCAGCGGCCCCCACCACCAUUGACAUCCCUCUCCACUUCGAUUCGAACGGUAGAUAUGUGAUUCCAGUCGUCAUGUCUCCUGGCGCGAACCAGCAGAACUUCAACUUUACGCUUGCGACCAGCACAGGUCUCACCUCUGUUGCGGGUACGGGAUGCAGCUCUUGCAGCGAUAUUAGCUUGUACAACCAGAGCGCGUCGAGCACGGCGAAGUCUCUGAACGGGAACGACAGCGUAUCCUUGACUGGCGGAUCCUACAGCGGGUCAGUUAUCAAGGAGGACUGCACCAUGACUACUACAGGCUCUCCAUGGACUUACAAGAACCAGACGAUCGUCGUCGCACAGAACCAGCAGAACGGCACCGUAUUCGGGAGCGGAGCCUCCGGCCUGCUCGGGCUCGGCACGAACCGCUUCUCCUCCGCGCAAUCCAGCAGCUCCUCUUCGUCCUCAGGCUACACCGCCGGCUUCGGCGACACCAUCUUCAGCCAAUGGCUGCAGAACAACGCCAACCAGGACAGCUUCCAGUUCGGCAUGGACAUCCUCCCGCCGGUCGCGACGCCCACGAGCACGUCCGGUUCCGCGGCCGCCUCGCCGACCUCGACCGGCGCGGGCACGCUUCACUGGCUCGCGCCCGACUCGUCGAAGUACAACCAAGGCGGCCUGACGUACAAGAACGUGCAGAGCAACUCGUCCACGGUGUACUCGGCGGGGAGUCAGCCGGAUUGGUCGGUGCCGCUCGACGGGUGGAAGGUGAGCAGCGGAGGGGACAGCUUCGAUAGUGGGGACCAGAUGAUGGUCAGCGUGGACCCGUACUACACCGACAUCUACUUCCCUGCCAAGGAGGCGCAGCUCUUCAAUGCGGUGAUCUCUGGUUCGUCCGUGCAGUCUGGCUUUUCGACGCUCGGCUCGCAGUCACAAGCGUGGGAGGUACCCUGCGGCUCCAAGGUCUCGCUGACCAUCAACAUCAACGACCAGACGUUCACGUUCGACGAGUCCGUGCUCGUGCGGCGGGCAAGCAAUGGUGCCUGUUUCAGCGGUGUGGAAGGCUGGACGGACUCCUCCGUCGAGGAGUACAUCUUUGGCGCGCUCUUUGUCAGCCAGGUGUACCUCGUCUUCAACGUCGGGCGCAACGGGACCGACGCCGUCGGCUUCGCACCCAAGGCCGCGGCCAAGAAGUCCACAAACGUCGGCGCGAUCGCCGGGGGCACCGUCGGCGGCGUCGUCGGCGUGCUCCUCAUCGGCAUCGCCGCGUUCUUCUACAUCCGCAGCCGCCAGGACCGCGCGAUCCUAAAGGACACCGUCGCGAUGGUCGAGGAGCACAAGGCCGCGAACACGAUCCAGCCGUACACCCUCGGCGCCUCGCAGCAAGGCCGGACGGGCUCGCCCGGCGUGGACGCGCCUUUGCUGUACGGCGGUGCGACGGCCCAUGAGGACGAUGUUGCGCCGCCGUCGUACGAGGCGAGCGAGGCGGGUGGCUCGGCGGUCGUUUCGGGCGGGCCGGUGAGGACGUCGAAGGGCGAGUAUGUGCGCCCGGUGUCGACGCAGACGAUCGGUGCUGGUGAGGGUCCGUCAGGGCCGAGCCAGCCUCCGCGCAUCGAGCCGAACCGGAUGUAUAACAUCGAGGAGUGAGAGGGAGUGAACUGUCGUAUUUAUCGUAGGCUUCGUUUAGUCGUAUGCAUUGUAUCCGUCGCCUUUUGUGAAUUAAGUGGAAUGACCUGCAUGAUGUGAAGAAUAACAACAGCGUGGUGGUUGAUCGGAACAAUCAAUGUUUGUGGAUUCUAGCUGGUUUGUGGGUGCGGUAUGCACGACGUUCAGCAUGCCUGUGGUUGAAAUGACAGUGGUUAAGCAGGCUCGCCCCAGCGCGUGCCAUCCAGA